AUGGGAGAUGGCGAUUACUACCACUUUGGACUUAGGUCAUCAGUAAUGGAAACAUUACACAAAUAUCCACCCAAGUCAGAUUGCACUAUUCUGAAUCUCCAAAUUAACGUAGAUGGUCUUCCCAUAUCAAAGAGUAGCACUAGUCAGUUUUGGCCAAUUUUGGGUAAUAUAGAAGAAUGUAGUAGAGAUUAUGUUUUUCCAAUAGGGGUUUACCAUGGAAAAAGUAAACCUAGUAGUUGCACUGAAUCUUUGAAGCGAUUUGUUGAAGAUUUUCAAGAGAUUAGUGAAAAUGGGCUUCUCUUUCAAAAUGAAAUGAAAAUACUGAAGCUUGCUAAAGUUCUUUGCGGUGCCCCAGCAAAAUCAUUUCUGUUAGGUGUUAAGAGUCAUAAUGCUUCCUUCGGGUGUACAAAAUGCACAACAUAA